AUGGGAGAGCCCCGGCCUCCGAAUCUGGCCGCACUCAAGAAAAAGUUUGAGGACUUUGACCUUGGUGAGGUGUAUGACAAGGCCAAAGCUGCCGCCUUGGAUCCAGAAGCCCAGAACUUCGUGGUACUGUUUGGACCGCAACACGCCAAAAUAGCCCUUGACCUGGGGCUUGAUGACUUUAGGGACCUUCAGAACUGGAACAAUGAUGAAGAUUAUCCCAUUCGCUGGAUUAACUUCUGGAACACGACGAAGCAGGAAGAUGUAAUCGACCACAUCGGACAGGACUACGGCUUCACUCGACGGCUACGAGCCUCGAUCACAGCAUGGGACAAAUACAGAAGGAUCGUCAAAGACCAGUCCGCGAAGGAGAAUAAGGAGAAGAAGAAGCAGUCGGAGCCUGAAAACAUACACUCAACGGUGAUCCAGAAGGAGGAUAUCGAGCAAGGGUUGAAUGGAGUGCCCGAUAAACAUGCGCGCUCCCAUACCGUCGCUAUUCAACCUCGGCCGGAUCUCGAAGAGCUUUCCUAUUUCAGGCUGGUACAGAGUUCGAUGAACUACAUUACCGUCGACCACGGCGAGAGAUUCACAUGUAUCGGCGCGAACUGGCUUCAUUUGCGGUCCGAACAUGACAAGCAAUUGGUGCCUCCCAAACAUUGGGCGUGGCUCACGCUGUGUAGUACGAGUGGCAAAUGCACCGACACGGUGAUAUCUAUCCACGAGGAGCCAAACCUGGAGGAGCCAAACCUAGCAGGGCCACCAGAGGAUGCGAAAGUUGCCCUAGAACGGCGGCUGAAAGAGCUAGCGUUUAUGCGGUACAACACCGUGGCAGUCCUCAAGCAGCUCUCCCUCAUUGGCAUUGCUCGCACCAAGGACAGCGCUUUGUCGUUGAAAGCCAUUCGGGAGCCGCUUGGGCGCGAAUCGUCACCUCGGAUCCGUUCUUCCACUGCCGUUCCCAGGGAGAGGAUCGCCGAGGUGGGAUCGAGCAACCUCUUCUACUAUCUUUUUGAAGACACUUUGGCGGUAGUUCCGGUCCUUAGCAGUUCAAAAGUGGCCCUCGAACAUCUUACCAAGCGUAUUCUUCGUAGCGCUCGUAUCAAGGAAAAAAAGACAGCACAGUCUGACAUCAUACCCGAGCUUCACAAGCUCGGAAAGGACCUUCGACUCUUGCAACAUCUAUUCAAGAGCUACAAGACCCUCAUCCAGACAAUCCUUACCCCUCCCGACACCGACGUCUCAGAACGUAUCAAACUAGACCAGCAGGCCCGCGAUCGAUUUCGGCGUCUCGGAGACCGCCUUCAGUUGCUGAUGUUGAACACGAUCAAAGAGUACCUCAAUGAGAAGAGUGAAUUAUCAAGCACGUAUUUCAACCUCACUGCGCAGAAGGACUCCCAGGCCACUGCCCAGCUGACGCAGAGCGCGACGCUUCUCGCCAAGCUCAGCGUCCUCUUCUUGCCCAUCAGCUUCGUGACGAGCUACUUUUCCAUUGAGAUCCCGGGCCUGAUGGACUCGUACACGCCCAAAACUUACUGGGUCUGCUUUGGAGUGGUCGCGGCCAUAUCCUUUUUGUGCUUGUUCUUCUUCGCUCGCCUUCUCAUGGUCGUCAGUGACCGUCUCGACGCGGCGUCGGAGCAGCUCGCCCAGCGGGUCAAGAGAACUCUCUCCAACCACAAGCACAAGCACAAACACGAUGACGAUGGCGAUGAUCAUGAUGAUUGA